AUUCCCUUUUGGGGGGAAUACUCGUUUUUUAUAAGUUGUUUUUAAAUAUUUAUUUUCCGCAACAAAUAUUAAUGUAGAUGAGUUUCAAUAUAGUUGUAAAUGCCUUGCAAUUGUUCACAUAUUUCUGAGAAUUUUAUCUCCUUACACAAGGGGAAUCUUGUUUAUUCUACAUUCUUCGUCUGUGCAAUGGUCUGUGUUUCUUUAAUCGCAUAGAGCAAAGAUACAUAAGCAUGUGUUAAAGUAGUGUAUCAUCUCAACUAAAUGCUGCAAGAUCAACAAUUGAUUAAUUGGAUGAAGAGGAAAAUAGUUGAUGGUAUUAUUAUGUUCAAAAAGAGAAUAUUACUUGAGAAAUACUUUAAUUAAAAUCCUUUACAUUCAACUGAUUGAAUGGUUAGUAACAAAGCUGUUAUAUUGUAUCUUGAAGGAAUGCUUUAAUAAAUAAUAAAAUAUUAUUGGAGUAUGAGCAAUUUUGGAGUACUGAGGAUUUUUAAAUAAAAGAGAAAAAGAUGUUAAGCAAACUACCACAGGAAUUCAGGAGAUAUCAGCGUAAUAGGAAUCAGUUGCAGUAUAUUCUUGAUGAAACCCAACGAGCAUUGGAAGUUAUUAACCUUGAAAACUUCUUUCCUGGAGAAAAUGUUGUUCAAGAUUUAUUGCCUCCAUUAACAUUAAAUAGAAUUUCACAUAUUUUAAGAAAUUAUCCAGCUGUUGUAAUUUUAGGACAAGAUAGCAAAGCAAAGGCUGCACUAACUAAUAGCUUAACUUCCAGUGAUAUUUUACCAGUAUGUAAUGGCAUGUGGCGAUGGAUCAGACUUAGUUAUGGUUCGACAAAUUAUGUCAGUCUUACAUUAGGCCUUGAGUAUGAAGUAGUGGAAAGUAUACAAACCAGUGACAAACAAUGGAGUACCCUACCAAUUGAGGAUUUAACAAAAUCUGGUAAUGAAGACACAAGUUGUCCAACAGUACUUGAGGUCAAACUUGAUCAACCUAUAUUAAAGGAUGGUGUUCAAAUAUUUAUUGCUCCAAAUAAUGGAGCAAUAAAAGUUCUUGCUAAAGGCCAGUUACAUGUUUUACCAAUAUUUCUAUAUGCUCUUGGUGAGCAGCCAUUGACAGAAUCAAAUUUAGAAGAAUUAAGAGAUCUAAAAGAAACAUAUCCAUUUAAUCCUGUACUUUUUGUAUCAUCACUGGGAAAUAUUUCAUUGGGUAGUAUUGAUGCUGAAUUGACUGAAUCUGAACAGCAUAGACUUCAAAAUCGAUUAAAUUCCAAUGACGCUAAAUCGAAUAAAAAUGGUGGUGAUGAUGAUGGCAUUGAUUUUGACAGAAUGAAUUCACUUGGUUUAACAUGGUUAGAUCAGUUAACAAAUUUAGGUUUCCUUGGCAUGGAAGAGUCAGUUGAGGUUGAUCAAAUGUCUUGGUUAGGUGGGGGACAAUACGUAACUUCUAGCGAUUUAUUGGAUUCGUGUAAAAAGACAGAUCGAAUUUUGUAUUUCAUUCGCGGAUGUUUACAAUCUUAUCUUAUUAAUGCUAGCACGUAUUUAAAUGAUGUACAUACAACUAGUCUACGAAAAUUUAUAUUAAGUGCAUUUGAUAUGGCACGUAAAAUUCAAAUAACUCCGAAAAGGAUACAGUAUGCUCAACAAAAAGAAAAUGAGUUAUACGCUAGUUUGAUGAAAGUUGUUAAUGAAAAGCAAGAAGAAUUAACUGAAUUAAUACAAAAUAUCAUCCAAGAGAUGAAAAACGAUGUAUCACUGUCUAACAAUGAUAUAUAUUCAUAUCAAAGUAUUCCUUUUAAUAAUACCGAAAGAACAGAAUGGUCCGCAACUGUUAGAGCUGCAACUUGUGAAGUUCAACGUUUAGUACUUGGUCGUUUAGGUGAAAAAGUUGCAAAACAACUUGUAAAUUCUGUAAAUUGUUUGCGGGAUACGUUCGUCGGCACGCUACAGCGUUGUCUAUUAAGCCUCGAAAAAUCUUACGAACGAGAUACUUGUUUAUUAGCUAGUGACGCUUUAAAACAAAUACUUUCAGCUGCGUAUAACGUCGAUUUACAUAAUUCUUCACCAUCUUUGAUCCAUUCUUUCUUGGAAAGACUAAGACAACUUUUCAAGUCUCUACCUUUACCAUGGUCACCAACGCCAACCUUAGAUGUAACUUGGAGGAAGAAGGUUACUAUUGAAAUAUUAAAUUCUUUGUCAGCAGCAAGACUGGCAAGAACAAUAUCGAUGCAAUUCAGGGAUAAACUGAAAACAUCACACGAUACGUUUCAAGCAUCUCUUAGAUCUUUAGAAAAUUAUUAUUCCGGAAAAUUAGAAAGAACAGAAGAGCAAAGAAUAGCUAUCAGAAAGUAUCAUGCUCCCAGGCUGGCUAAAUUAGCAUUGGAAUCAACAUCGAUGACCGAUGCUGUCCGCUACGGUAUUCCACAUUGUGGUAAAGAGAUCGGUCGGGGUCAGUAUGGAGUUGUAUUUGCUUGUGAUGGUUGGCCUGGUGCACCAGGUCCAUGUGCAGUUAAGUCAGUUGUUCCACCGGAUGAAAGACAUUGGAACGAUCUUGCUAUGGAAUUUUAUUACACUAGAUCUAUUCCGGAUCAUAAAAGAAUAGUAAAACUUCGAGGAUCGGUUAUCGAUCAAUCCUAUGGUGGAGGAUUUGGUUUUGGAUCUGCAGUUUUGUUAAUAUCCGACCGCUUAAGUCGUGAUUUAUAUUGCGGAAUUCGCGCUGGUUUAUCGUGGCUGGAACGUAUACAAAUUGCGAUAGAUGUCUUAGAAGGAAUCCGUUACCUUCAUUCGCAAGGACUCGUUCAUCGAGAUAUUAAAUUGAAGAACGUUCUUCUUGAUACAGAAAACAGGGCCAAGUUAACUGAUCUUGGAUUUUGUAUCACAGAAGCAAUGAUGUCGGGAAGUAUUGUUGGAACACCGGUUCAUAUGGCACCAGAACUUCUAUCUGGCCAUUAUGAUAGUAGCGUUGAUGUGUAUGCAUUUGGAAUAUUAUUUUGGUACAUAUGUGCUGGACAUGUGAGAUUACCAUACGCCUUUGAGCAAUUUCAUAACAAGGAACAAUUGUGGACUAGCGUAAAGAAAGGUAUACGACCCGAACGUCUAUCCGUAUUCGAUGAUGAGUGCUGGAAAUUAAUGGAACAGUGUUGGUCUGGAGAACCAUCUAAACGACCCUUACUUGGAGCAAUUUUACCGGUGUUAGAAUCGAUUCAACGAAAAGCAGAAAGAGGCAAGUCCUUACAACAGCUCUCCACACAGAAGCUACAAGAAAGUUCGUCAACAGAUUUAAAAAAUCCUGUAUUAGCAUUAGCAGAACCUUAUAAUCAAAGAGGAGCUGUAGUCAGCCAAGUUCCUCCGAAACGUAAAAUAAUUAGACCUAUAAAACAUCCUGUUUUUCACAUGACUAAUUUAUUUCAAGCAAGCGUGUGUUCUAACUUAUAUGUUCAAAUGCGAGAAUUCUGAAAGCAUUUUAUAUUCUCUCUUUUGGUUUUAGAAUUUCGAAAUGAUCUGAAUAUUUUUUUAAUACUUUCUACCAGACCUAGUUGACACUUUAUCAGAUAGUAUUUUACGUUCAGUAUUAAACGUGACGAGCUUCUUAUUGCCGGUAUCCUCUAAAAUUGUUUUUAUUUAAAAUUUGUUUAUUUACUAGAAAUCAACAAAAUUAGUAAAUUAUGUAAAUAGAAUGUAUGAUUAAAUGACUAUAAUUAUUGUGUAAAUUCCUUUUUAUAAUGAUUGCAUAAGUGGUUGUGAUAUUUGAUAAUGCUUUAUAUAUGUAAUUAGUGAGAUAUGCUAAGAAUUUCAAAAAAAGAAAAAAAACGAGACAUGCUUAAAUAUUGCACUCAUUACAUAUGUAUGUUAGUUGAUACCUCGUUGUGAUUCGAAAGGUUAGGAGAUAAACCAAAAAGAUUAAAAAUUGUAUACUCAUGUUGAUUAAUAAAUAAAGUUCCCUACUUUUCUAUUUA